AUGGCGCAAAACCGCCCAACAGCGGCCUUCAACACCCUCCGCAUGGGAGAGGUCAUCCGUGAGAAGGUGCAGGAUGGAAUUACCGGCGAGACGAGAGACCUCCAGUAUACGCAAUGCAAGAUUGUCGGCAAUGGGUCCUUUGGGGUCGUCUUCCAGACGAAGCUUUCGCCGUCAGGCGAGGAUGCCGCCAUCAAACGUGUGCUUCAAGAUAAGAGGUUCAAGAAUCGUGAGCUUCAGAUCAUGCGUAUCGUUAGACAUCCCAACAUAGUACAACUGAAGGCAUUCUAUUACUCCAACGGGGAGCGAAAGGACGAGGUUUACCUGAACCUAGUUCAAGAGUUCGUACCCGAGACCGUCUAUCGAGCCUCACGUUUCUUCAAUAAGAUGAAAUCGACUAUGCCGAUCCUGGAGGUGAAGCUUUACAUCUACCAACUUUUCCGAGCCCUAGCAUACAUCCAUUCUCAAGGAAUCUGCCACCGUGACAUCAAGCCCCAGAAUCUCCUGCUGGACCCGAACACGGGAGUGCUCAAGCUGUGCGAUUUCGGGAGCGCUAAAAUCUUGGUCGAGAACGAGCCCAAUGUUUCGUACAUUUGCUCUAGAUACUACCGGGCGCCGGAACUCAUCUUUGGAGCUACUAACUACACCACUAAGAUCGAUGUCUGGUCAACCGGCUGCGUAAUGGCGGAAUUAAUGCUGGGCCAACCCCUCUUCCCCGGAGAAUCCGGCAUCGAUCAAUUGGUAGAGAUUAUCAAGGUGCUGGGAACUCCGACGCGCGAACAAAUUCGCACCAUGAACCCAAACUAUAUGGAGCACAAAUUCCCGCAAAUCAAGCCUCACCCGUUUAGCAAAGUAUUCCGUAGGGCGGAUGCGAACGCCCUGGACCUGAUAGCGAGACUGCUCGAGUACACGCCGACGGAACGCCUCGGAGCCAUCGACGCGAUGGUACACCCUUUCUUCGACGAGCUCCGAGAUCCUAGCACGAAGCUUCCGGAUUCACGACACUCGAGCGGACAAUUGAGGGAUUUACCAAACCUGUUCGACUUUUCAAGGCACGAAUUAUCCAUCGCACCGCAGAUGAACCACAAGCUUGUUCCUCCUCAUGUCAAAGCCACCCUAGCAUCCCGUGGACUCGAUAUAGACAACCUCACGCCGAUGAGCAAGCAAGAAAUGAUGGCGAAGCUAGACUGAGCCUCCGCCGGCCUCUAUCUGCGCUCUCGUUCCGCGUAGGUUUGCAAGGCCGCCGCCGCCCGGAGUUUCCGCUGCGGCAAGCACGCACCGGCUGUGCCCGUAAAAGGCACCAACUCAUCAGAUUGGCAUUUGAAGAGAACAUGCACGUGGACCAGAUCGGAAGUAGCAAAUUCCCAACGCGCCCUCGGUGUACUUUUUCAGCUCGAACCGUGAUAAAAUUCGAGGAAAACACAACACAAAGUUUCCGGACCGGGACUUCUCAAAAAGACAUCGGCCAUGCUGUGAAAAUUUCCAGGUUGCGUUGCUGAAGGGGACGGGGCACUCGAAAACUGGUCGCUCGUCUAGCUAGUCUCGGCCUCUCGUAUCGUAGCAGCAGUGCGGCAACUGCUUCAAUGCCCAAUCGUGCUGACCGGAAGACGGCACCCCACGGGCGUCCUUAGAAUUUUGCACGACCGAGACGGCGUUUGCUUUUUAUCUAUCUUGUUCA